UCGUCAUAACGUUAUCAAGCAGAACAAAAUCCAGACUAAUGUUUUGCUAAGGAGUGAAGUCUUUUAGCAAACAACCUAAACUUCGUCAAAUUUGUCUAGACUAAUCUAGAUUCUGGCUAGAUAGAUCUAGAUUUCUAUCUGUAAUCUACUGUUUCUAAUUUCCCAAUUAUGGAUAAAGCAUCUGCUCCACCAGGGUACAAUGAAUAUGAAGUAACUGCGAACACUCAGCAAGCGCCACCACCAACAUAUCCAGUUUAUCCAACUCAAGGCGGCUACCCACCACCGGCAGGUUACCCAGGAUACUAUGGACAGCCCCAACCAGGGUACAUCCCACCCCAGCCAGGAUAUGGUCAGCCGGUGCAAUAUGGACAGUAUGGAAUGCACCAGCAAAACAACAUAGUAGUAACACAACAGCCUGGUUCUCAACAAGUUAUUGUUGCGCCUUACAGAGAUCACAUGACUGCUGCUAUUUUGGUGACGUUGUGUUGCUUCUGGCCAACAGGGAUUAUUGCCAUUAUGCGUGCCAGUGAUGCUCGUAGUGCCAUGGCUCGUGGAGAUGCUGCCUCUGCUGCUUCCUAUUCCAGGUCUGCAAAGAGCAUGGUCACCAUGAGCAUUGUCAUUGGUGUCAUCAGCCUGGUCAUUGUGGUCAUUAUACUUGGCGUUUACUUUGGUCUCCUCAUGUCUUCUAUAAACAGAUUUGAUUAAAUCAUCAAGAUAUACGAAGGUUGGAUAAAAAAAAAUAAAUUGUAAUGCAUUAACUGAGUGCAAAGUAAACAUUGUGAUAGUUGUGGCUUAGGACUUGUACAGAUUGGCUAGUUUUAAGAAAACUGUACUUGUACCAAAUAUAUUGAAAUUCUUUCUGUUCAAUCAAAAUUUUUUUGCUAUACUUACCAAAGCGUUGAAGGAUAGCAAUAUUCACAUGUAGUUCUUAUUGUAUAUAGUUCUUGUUACUCGGUCUUAAACGUUUAUUAGGGAUAAUUAAACCAUUGAAAUUCUUGUCUUGUUUUAUGUUAUACUUGUGUACAGUCGCCAAAGAUACCAUUAAGUUGAAAUGAAUCAAUGCUAAUAUAGCUAAUAGUUUUUAAGAUUAAAUAUCAGAAGAUAAUUAGUACAGUCAUGAACAUUUUUUUAUUUUUUAAAAAUAAUUUUUUGAAGGAUGAUUUUUGUUUUUUAAAUAUUUUUAUAUUGACACACUUGAUGAUCAAAGACAAAAUCUUGCCAUAUGAAUGCUUUUUUUUUUUGUUAAUAUAUUUUUUUUUAAACAUUAAAACCCUUCAAACGGUUUGGAAUCAGUUUAAUUGUAAGUGAUAUUUGAAUAAAUUUUAUUUUUUCAUAAGUUGUAUUAUCCAGUCAAUCUAUUUGACUUUCUUCAAACUUUGCUUUUAUAUUAUCAUGUCUCAAAACUUGACAAAAUGUUCAGCUGUCACAGUUUAUCACCUUUGUCUCUAAAGUUUAUUAAUACCUUUUUUUUUUCUUGAUACUGUAUACUGAGGGCUGUUGUAUUAUUGUAUUUUUACUAAGUCUUGUUUCACAUGACCUGUACAUGGUUUUAACCACUUGGAAAAAUAAAAUAAAAUUGGAGAAGACUAUGGGAGUUUUCGUACUACUCUGUGAUGGUAAAAUGGCUGUAUUUUGCUACUAGGCUAGAAGGUUGCCAUCCAAAGCUUUGGGCACAGUGACCUGUGUGACUAAAUACAUGCUUUCUAGCUUAUUAGCUUUCGGUCAUAGAGAGAUGAGCCAACCUCAAAGCAGUUAUUUGUCUGUUAUUCAUUGUACACAAGACUCACUGCAAAUGAAAUAAAUAAUGUAAAAUGUGCAGUUGGAAAUUGCAAACUCCUGUCUAGUAUGAAAACAACAUAGUCAUCAUUGCCUGGGGCAGAGGCCACCAAUCGGCUUACUCCAGGCAUCUUGGUUCUGGACGAAUUUCUCCAACUAUUCCCAUAUAUUGCCUAUCUGCUUGGCAUUUGCUUCCAAAUUGCAGUGUCAUAUAUUCCUGGCCAUCCCCUCUUCUUCUGAGGAACUGUGGCAAUGAACCAAGCAGCAGCCCAUGGAAGUAGAUGUCCCUUAGAGAUGCUGGAGAUGGAUAGGUCUUACCCUUUGCAAGCUUGCAUCCAACACAUCAAGGGAAUCCUUCACCUGAAAUACUGGCACAACAAAAACAUUUUUUUUUUCGACAAAUGUGUGAAACAAGCUUAAGGCAGUCUGAACUUUCCAUUUCAUGACCAUGACACAAAAUAAGAUCAGCUGUGACAGUUAGUGUCAGCUGUGACAGUUUAGUGUCAGCUGUGACAGUUAAGUGUCAUUGCCUCAAUUCUAUUCAGUCAAAAUGUUUAAACUUUAUUAUCCAGGGCUGUUGUGUUAUUGCCCAGCCCGUACGAAAUACAUAUAUAUACCAUAUUGUAAUACAUUGAGUCUUGCAUUUAAAAAUUUUUUUUUAAAAACAUUGUUAUCAAUUCUUCUUGUUUUUGUGAACUUUAAAACAUAAUGCAAUAACACAGUCAUUAUAUGAUAAUCUCUUUGUCGUUUUCUUUCCUUGAAAUUGUUUGUUUUAACAUUUAUGGGCCAAACAGAAUCUAAAUGUUAUUAUAUAUUUUUAUUAAUAUAAUUCAAUUGUAAUAUUACUAUUAUAUACAUACACACAUGCAUUGUAGUUUUCAAGGAUUUUAAAAAUUGUUUAUACUUAGUAAGGCUUCAUAGUUUUGGAGACCAGCAAUUAAAAAAAAAAUUGUAAUGUCACAACUGUUUAAGAAAUUUUAUUUUAAUUUUUUUUUUAACAGUACUUAUAAGUUAAUAGUAUUUAACUCUUUCUUUCUGGAAUUAUUUUCCACAUUGUGAUGGAAAUAUUCAUUUUGUUCAUUUGUGUUAUUAAAGAAGAAUGCAUGCUCUUUUUAUAUAACACAAAUUAAAGUUUGUAAAACCAAAAAUUAAUUAAAUUUAAUGGGCUCAAAUCAACGUUAGUAUUGUCUGUUAGGAGAGAAAGAGUUAAUAGAUAUCCACAAGCUUUGCUGAUAUUCUUUAUAGGUGCACACACGAUUAGGAAAAUAUAAUAUAUUUUAUAAUGCAAAGACCAGACGUAUGGUAUCUAAAUAGAUAUUCAAACAUGAAACUCUAAAUCUCAUGAUAAAAUCACAAAGUAAUAUGUGAAGCCUGACAUACUUUAUAAAAUAGCUCUUAUAAAAUUAUGUCCAGAUUUAAGGAUUUUUUUUUUUGAGUCAUUGUUACAUUGUGCCAGUAAUUUUAUUUAAUAUUACUUUUAUUAUAUGAAGCAUUUGUUGUGUAUAGACCCAUUUUAUUGUCUUAUAUGGGCUACAACAGUUCUUUUUUAACAUCAAAUAAGUUUCCACUAGUCAAUUCUUUAUAUACAUUUUGACAUGUUUCAUUUGAAUGUUAGUAACACUGAAUCUUGGUUUCCUUUUAUGGAAGAUCUGAAAUUAUUUUGAAAAAAUGUUUUUCACCCUGAUAAAAACAAAUUUGUGUAGUUACAUAAAUUAUGAUUUUAUUUUGUGUUAGUGUUAGUUUUUUUGUGUGUGCAGUAUAAAUAAUCAUGUUAAUUUAAUCCACCAUAAAAUCAUGAAAUUCUGCCACUUAUGUACACAUACACAGAGGUAUUUUGUCUCUUUCAUGGAAUUUACAAAUUUCAGUGACAAAGCUAAAAACAUCAGAGUGUUGGUUUUUUUUUUUUAUUUAUUGCUUUUUUUGUGUGCUAUUAGCCUCAACUUAAACCAGAGAAAGUUGUACAUCAUCAUGUUUGAGAUGAAUGUUUACAGGUUGUUUUUUUUUUUGUUGAGAUUUUAAAAACUGUUGAACUCUGACACCAUUUAUUUGCUAAACUUUAGUCACUGAUUGAAGUUGACUUUAAAAAAAAAGUUACACUUUCAGCUUCAACAUGCCUUAAAAAAAUUCUGUACUAUUCAGAUCAGAAUGUUUAUAUUUGUAAGCUGUGACCUGUACAUUAAAAAAAAAGUGAUUUUAUUUUUUUCUCCACUGAUAUUUUUCACAACUGUCUCUUUUACCUUCAACAACCUUUGAACUAUAAUAGGUUUAUGGAUUUUGUAUUGAUUUUAUUUCUCAGGAGAGAUACAUUAGUUUAUUGUAACUCUCUGCACUGACUGAACAAAAAUGAGUUUACAUCCUCAAAGUUCUGAGAUAAUAUAUUUUUUCUUUUCAAUGCUUUCUUCAGCUAUAUUUGAAAGCAAGUUGUUCUAGAAGUUCCUUACACUUGGACUAAUCUUUACAAAUCUCUGCUGUAGAAACCAACAUGGACUAUUAAUUUAAUACCAAAAAAAAAAACAAAAAACAAAGCCAAUGUCUUGAAAUUUUACCAUUUGAAGGCUCAUAAUGGAUGAUUGGAUUUCAAUUUGCUUACAUGUUUGAUAAUAGUUUUUGAAUAUCUCUUGCUGAUCAAAUGUAUUCAUAUACACACUUACACUGCUGACAUUGCUUUUAUUUCAACUGCUUUGUUCAAUUUGUUUUUUAUUUUCAGAGUUAAGUCAAAGAUUUUAUUGCAUGUUUCGGUGACUUUUGUUGGAACUGCUGUAUUCCUCUUGUUUUAUGUCAGAUUAAAAUAAUAUUAAUAGAUUUAUAUUGUGAGGAUUAUCUGUACUUAACUGUUAUAAUAUAUAUAUAUAUAUAUAUAUAUAUAUAUAUAUAUAUAUAUAUAUAUAUAUAUAUAUAUAUAUAUAUAGUGCUGAGAAGUCAAUGGCUGGAGCUAAUGCCAGGUCCCAUGAGACCCCAUGGGCAUAGUGAGACAUUUCUGCUGGAGGUCAGUUUUGAAACACUCCUCAUCCCUUUAAGUUUCUUGAUGGUCAAAUUAAUUCAAGAUUUUUAGGGGUCAUACUGUAUAGUAAUGUGUUUUCCAUCUUGAAAGAUAGGGCAAUAUCCUGGUAUUAUAUGGACUGUUACAUGACACCCUGCUCGUUAACUGUUUGGCCAAAGAAUUAGAUGACCUUAACAUUAUCUGUCCUAUAGAUUGCAAGGUCUGAAAAGGGAACUUAGCUUAAUAUGGACCAUUAAGACUAAAUAUACCAACCGAAAAAAUUGGCUCAUAAAAAUUACAAUUCCUUUUAUGUAAAUGGAUUUUUCAAAUUUUGGACCUAAAAACAAUCAGAUAUCACACCACAUAUUAAUUUUGUUUUCGUAACAAAUUACAGAGUGUGUACUUGAAUGAUUAUAAAAAUAUAUAUAGUAAAUCUAAAUGCAACAAAGAAUUCAGAAGGAAAUUUUACAUGUUUCAUAAUAUUUAAUAGAUAGUUUUGUUUCAUUUUGUUGUAGUACCUCUUUCUAUCUCUCACUAUAACUCUAAAGUCUACAACAGGUUUUUAAAUCAACUGCAUGUUUGCUCAAAUUGAAGGGAGAAAUACAGUGUUUUAUUUCCUGAGAAGGUUGUUGUUGUUUUUUUUUGCUGUGAAUUGGAUUAAUAUAUUCAGGCAAUUAUUUUAAGGGCUUGUUUUAAGAAAUGUGAUUUUAGUUUUUGUGAUUUACAUUUUAUUAGUUUAGUUGUAAAGAGUAACCAUUAUCGAUAUAAUGUUUUUUUUGUGCACAUACAAUUACACAUAGUUAAUUAACUAAUUGUUUUUAAUUUUUUUUUUCUAUAGAUUCUUGUGUUGUCAGGUGAAAGAAGUAAUUAUGCAAAAUUUUAGCUUAAUUAUAGUUGGGUGUGGGAGAAAUGAUGUGUACAAACUUUUUGACAGACAGAGUGAGCAGAUAUAGGUUUUGUAAAAAGAAGAGAUUGCAAAGAAAGAUA